AUUCCUUACAGUCUGAAUUCUGCAGCUGGGGGGACCUGCAGUCGUACUGCCGCCGCUCUCUCAAACCCCUCCGCUAUCCGGCGAACUACGGAGUACUGAGUAGGUAACUUGAAGAUCCAGCCUGGAGCCUGGAGCCCAGGUACACAGCCCACCAACCAAUCAACCCCCACUAAUCUCCGACCCACAACCCCACCACUCAAGCUGCAUACAGAAAAAAACACCUCUCCCCGGACACUGCAUAUCCAACUCUUCUCCCCAACAAUCACCUCCAGCAUCCCCACUCAUCUAUCCUAUACCAAAAUAUCAUCACCAUCAUCACCACAACCAUAAACCCCAAAAUGCCACCGCCACCACCACCACCACCCUCCACAAAAACCUUCACCCACCCCCCGACCCUAGAACCGUAUACCCUCCCCCUCCCAACUUUCCUCACCACCCCACACCACCCCCACGACCACCCCCACACCCUCACCCCAACCACGCAUAUCGUAACCGGCGCCUUAAUCUUCGCCCCGAACCCUUCACCAACAACCACAACCACAACCACAACCACAACCACAACCACAACAACAACAACACCACCACCACCACCACCCCCCAACCAACCCAUCCGCAUCCUCCUCCUCCGCCGCGCCCCAACCGACUCCCACCCAGGCCGAUGGGAAAGCCCCGGCGGCUCCUGCGACGCCACCGACGCCUCCGUCCUCGCCGGCGCGGCCCGCGAGGUGUACGAGGAGACGGGGCUGCGGGUGUCACGGUUCCGGGCGCUGGUCGGGGUGGAUGCGUGGGAGGUGGUGCGGGCGGAUGGGGUCCGGAAGGUGGUCAAGUUUACGUUUUUGGUGGAGGUGGAGCCUCCCUCCGUAACGCGAUCGGGGGGCGAGGGGGUGCAGGGGGGCCAGGUUGAUGGUGGUGGAGUGGGCGGGAUCCGGCUCGAGCCCGCCGAGCAUGAUGCGUUGGUGUGGGCGACGGAGGAGGAGGUGCGGGCGGGGGUGGUUUGGUUGCGCGGGGAGAGGGUGCGGAUGGAGUUUGUGGGGAGGCAGCGGGAGAAUUAUCUUAGGGGGUUUGAGGUUUUGCGGUCUUUGCGGGGGGGUUUGUGAGUUGGUGGAAUUUGGGAGGGGGGAGGGGUUGGGUAGUGAGUGAUGGAUGUUUGGAUUUGUGAAGGGGAUGGAUGGUUGUAGGUGUGCUUGGUUUGAGGGGUGUGUUGGGAUUACUAUCUUUACCCUAAGCUGUGAUGGAAUGCUCGCCUAACGAGAAAAUAUAGGUCGAUGCUUAUUUGUACAGUUAUUUGAAUGAAGAUUCAAACUAUC